AUGUCGUCUCGAUGUAUCGUUUUCACCAUCGUUAUCCUCGCUCUAUGUUGCCGUUAUGUCUGUUCUAUUGACGCUGAGCAUCGUGCAGCCCAUGACAGAGUUCUUGAAUGCAUAUCCAAGGGUGCUAAUACUGAUAAAAUGGGAUGCAAGCUGCCAUUCGAGACCGUCAUCUGUGACGCCUUCAAGGUUUGAAUCCUCUUUUUACCUAGUUUGUUGUGAUCUGCAUUUUUUUCUCUCUUUUUUUUUCAAACAUUUAGAACACGUCUGCUGUCAUCAACUACUAAAAAUUAUCACAACGGUUAAGUCAGUAAAACUAGAACAAGGUCCGGAACACCCCGAACACUCCCCAAAACACUUCCGAACUCCCUUGGAACUUGAUGAAAUACCCCGAAAGUCAGAAGUCAGAAUGCAAUAUAAGCUAAAUAAAAAUCUGAAACAACAAAGAGACUAAAAAUCAUUAUUAGUAAUAAAAUACACGAGAGGAAAAAAAGGAGAUUGACAAUGGCAAGAGGUUAGGUAUAUCAACAAUGCCUGCUGCCAAAUGUUCACUAACACCCCUGACUAUUAAAUAAGGUUAAUCCAGUAUAUCAUAAUCAGAUCCUUAAUUUGAGCAGAGGCUGGGAUUAUCACGAUGUUUAUUGAAAAACGUAGUUUUUCCUUUCUUGAGCGUUAUGCCAAAAUCAUGUUUGUACAUUCUCAAAGAGAAUUACUUGAAUUAUUAGAGUAAUUGAAGCGGGCCAGUGGAAUCGUCCCAGACCGCAGUGAUACGGGCUCAAUGUUUGUAUUUUGUCUAAUACAGUCGAGAAUCCAUGUGCAGCCACCUCCCUUAAGCGACCUCCAAUCCAAAACACUAACACUUUUCAAGCAAAAGCGUUACAGUUGGAAACUCUCGAAAACGACCUCCUCCUGUAAGCGACCGCGUUCACUAUUUAGGUGCUGACAGGUUAAUGAUUUUCAUUGUUUUUAACCUAUUGUAAACGACCACUUGAGGAUUUGUCUGAUAAUCCUAUCUUGUUGUAUUACGUUCGCUGUUUGUAUGCGCUACUUAUGCGAAGAACUUAAGUAACAUGAAACUUCACAUAUCCUGAGGUGGCUCCUUAGAGUAAAUUAGCCGUGCGCAGCCUGAGCACUAGUAUGGCGCGAGCUUUAAAAUCUGUGCGACGUCCACGCAAAAAUAAACAAACAUGGCCUCUCAGUUUCGGAAUACUCCCCAAGAAAACUUUAUUAACUUUCUGUUGAAGGUCAUUGUGAAAAAAAUUUGGUUAGUGUAGGUCAAACAUUUAUGAGAGGAAACAAUGUUACGCCGGUUACAAGUCACUAUCAACCUCCAUAAGAGUAAAUUGUAUGUGUCAACGAAGCAGAAAUUUUCCAAAGACAUCAAUUUUUUCGCUUCAAAAGUAGACAAACGUAAAAUAGUCGAAGAAAAAAGUGAAUGGAAACUUUACAAAGAAAACGAAGAAAAAAGUACAUAACCCCUGAAGGAGGCAAUGUUGACUGUUUCUAGCCUUUGGUUCACGGCAAGAGAGAAUGAUCUAGCUCAUUCUCUCUUGUUCACGGUGAAUGGAAAGAUCUGAAAGAUCGAGCCAAGUCCCGAUCAAACACAGAAGAUUGUCUUCCCCAGUGGAGCUCCUGGCUCACUUUUUUUUUCUUACUUUUGAUUUGUUUAAGAAAUUCUAUAAAUGAAUUUAAGGCAAGAUUACAGGCAGCGUAAUUUUUUUCUUUUGCUGACUCUAUCACAUAGUUUAAAAAACGUAUCAGAAAAAAGGUUUCCUACUUGCAUCCUGAUAGAAGGAACCUUUCCAUCGACGAACCAACAUCCUUCCACUUUUUCUUGUUUCAAAAGUCCUUUAACGCACAAGAUGUACUAGAAAAUGUUUUUGCGCAACGAAAAAUAAUCUUUGAGUCAUAGAUUGACCCUUGACGAAAACAAUAGUCGUCCGCCAAGAACUACAGUCUUGUACGUGCAGCUGAGGACGUGAUGUACGUUUUUUAGAUCGCCGCCAUCUUUAACAGCAGACUUUUAAAGAAAAACGUCUCCGUCGAAAUUAUCCCUCUUGAAUAACGAGGCUGAAAAAGUAUCCGGAAGUGGGCUGGCAUUUGAAGAUCUGCGAGCACUUUACAGCAGAUAGGAAAAGAAGGGCUUCAGUUACGACAAGAGAGAAUGGUCUAAGAGAGCGAAUCCCCCAAACAUGACCCUCUUCCCAUGAAAAUUAUUUUCAAUCUGUUCUUGGUUCUGUGUCAUACUGGGUGGUUAUUUUAAGGACAGCACCAUAUUGGUCGGUUAGAGUGGUGUCAUGUAAUUUUAAACUUGGCGGGUAAUUCAUUACACUGCAGAAUACGCACAGCAAGCGAUAUGACGUGCAAACUUGGUAUUACUUUCGCCGACGAAUCAAAAGAUUUCUACGUGGAAAAAUCUGACCAGAGUAGCUGCCGAAGAGCAAAACGGUCCUGGCUUGUGGAAGUUCGCCGGAGAAAGCGGUUCCGACUCGAAUGAAAUUGCUAAUUGAGGUCUUCCCUACAUCAGUAUAAAAACAUUGUACAAAAACUACAACUGUCUCUUUUGGCGACAUCCACGCACACCCGCGAGCUGUGAUACCGUCGUUUGAAUCCGACCUUGGACACGUAACAAGAAAAUAGGUUCAAAGUGUGUUCAAACAUGAAUGUUUGGCCGCCAAACAUUUGAAUUUUGAGAAGGCGCUCGACAGAUGUGGGCACACCGCUCACUACAAAGAAUUGACAGAAACCGGAAACCGCGCAUAAAAAGUCUCUGGCAUCCAGGUUAGCGAUUGUCUAACAGCUUGAAGCAUCUGACCUGAUUUGUGUUCGCAGGGCGAAAUAUUCAUCGCAAGUAAUAGACGUUAAGAAGAAGUAAUGCAGUUUGAAACUCUCAAGAAUAAUCCUUAAAAGCAAAUGUAUCGUUUCUGAACGAAAUACAUUCCUGGAAAAAGAGAAAAAAUAACUUGCACAUUUGCAUAAACAAUUGAAGCCAGCCACCUAUUAAAGGUUUUGUAUUUUGCCCAUGAUAAUCUUUGCCUUUGACUUUCACGGUGUGUCAGAAUUCAACAUUCGUUACUUUAAAUGGCUACCAGCCGUUAGAAAAUCUCAAUCUUUAAUCUCAAAGUGAAAUUUUGACUCCAAUACUGCAAUCCCUUUGUAAAUGAAAUUCAUUCCUAAAUUAUGAGCGGAACGCGCUGAUCAAAAACAUGUCAACAACAGGAGCCGAUUAGUGUCGGCUCUUGGCGCUAAUUACUAUAAUGGCUGUCAAACUUCAAAUGUUUGGCGGCGAAACAUGUCACGUUCAAGUGAAAGUAGACCACACGGGUCACGGAAACAACAGACAAAAAUAACCUACGCAGCACGCGCGCGAACUUUAAAUAGAUUUAAAAAAUUAUCAUGGGGCACAGGGAUUCGCUGUCUUAGCUCAUUCUCUAUUGGUUGCGAUCCUUGCACCUACAAACACCGUCUUCAUCUCCGAUGAUCGCCAUCCGCACGAGCACGCCCUGCGCACGAGUGACCACCACGGCUCGAAUUUUGACUACAAUGGUCAAGUACUUCGAAGAAAACAUCCAGUGUUAGCUAUAAAAUUGAAUCCGCUACCUCUCCAUUUUUAACUGAUGAGCUAUCACCGUAAUAAUACUGAUAAAAGGCUUUAAGAAUGGCCUUCGUACUUUUCGAAGAAACCACAUGUUUUCAGUAGCUAUGUGCAUUGUGCGCAUGCGGGCACGUGAUGGAUCGCGCGCGUAUUUUGCUCUUACGACCUCGAACCACGAGUGUUUUUCCGAUUUUUUGUCACGUCAGCUCAUUUAAUUAACCGCGAAUUUCUCGCGUUUAGUUCCUUCGGAAAAUUGUUUUAAAAAUCGCCUCAUUUCUUAACACUUGCACUACCUUUAUACUGUCCUUUUUUGUUAAAAUCUGUAAGAACUAAAUUCCUCUAUUAAGAAAAAUUGCAAAUUUCAAAAUAUUGGAAAAAUUGUCUUAACGACCCCAUUCUUUUCAACUUUAAAAUGUUAAGUAAUAUCGUUCAUAUAGUGUGGCAAAGUUUACAGACAGGGAAAUUAGAAAUAUUAAGACAAAUUGAUCAAAAAUGGCAAAAUUACUGCGUGUUUAAGGAUACAACGUUGCCAUGGCAACGGUGUUAAUCCAGAAAAUGAAACUUGAUAAAGGAGCCUACUUAUAUGGGUAACCUUAGAGGUGAAUCUAGUGAACAAAAUCGCAAAGAAAAAGUAACUAGAUUUCCUUCUGUAACGUAUGCUGGAUAGCUAGGGUUUUUAGUAAAUACUCUAGGGAGCCACCUUAAAAAUUGCAAACAAUAAGUUAUCUUCCAUAAGGUAUAGGUGUCCUGACAUCUUCUCAGAAGGAAGCCCCAGCGGUUCUUUUCUCUUCGCAUUUUAGGAGCUUCGGCUUCGCUACCGGAGCUUCGACUGUACCCCUCCCCUGUGUAUGGCCAGUUCGUUUGCUCUCCGCCAAUGAUGUUUAGGCUCGCAUGAUAUGCUUCGAUUGCAAUUAUAUUUUUUACAAUGUUGCUCAUUUUUAAAUUCUUUAUUCAUUGACUAUAGAUGAUGAAUCAAUGCCUUACAAAGCCUUUUGUCUCGACAACAACACACUCUAGUGAGAUCCUGGACUAUUUUCGAGCUUAUCAACUGCAGCGGGUUAUUCUCAUUAAGAAGUCGAAAAUGUGCCAGAAAUUGCCUCCAUACAAAAAGUUAAAGAAUUUGGUCAACAAAUCUGGUAAGAAGUGGUAGAGGUGUGAGUCAGUAAUCAUACAUUUCGCGGAUAGGUAUAAGAUUAUGGUCUAACUAGCCUUCCCAACAACUAACAUUUGGAAGCUUAAGCAACCACGGCAACGAAAAAAACGAAAACGUCCGAAAAAAUGAUUGAUUGUAUGAGCAAAACAACAGCACUGCACUUUCUUCAGACUCAAAAAAUACAUCUCUUUAACGUCCACAGCACGACUUCCACGUGAACGGGACUUUGGAGGACAUGAACUCACGACCACGAAUCUUUCUUUCUUUCUUUUUUUAAACUUAGAUAGAGUUCUUAAGAAUACACUUCCAGGAAAAUGCGCUUUCAUUUGACAAAUUUAGCGCGGCCAAAUAAACGUGAUAGAGUUGAAAAGGACACAAAUUUAAUAUUACAGUUUCACUUUCCUUCGUCUUCGUGGUUACUUACAAGCUCCAUGUUUUUUACCUUUUAGUGAGAAGUUAGUGUUAAGAAUGUUUUAGGGGAUAAUCAUAGACGUACCGAUUCCAUGGCGCAUACAAAUGGCCAGAAAAUUAUCGUGUUCCUUGGCUUUAAGUCUCACAUUUGAAGCUUAAGAUACUUUUAAUUCAUGUCCCUAGCACCGACCAGCGCAAAAUAAAUUUUAAAAUAGAGGCAUAACUACAAGCAAAAAGAAUCUUGUAGUUGGGGUUGAACUGCAUUCCUAUGAUAAAGUAAUUUUAGUGGUGCUAUAAAAAUUCAAGUGAAUCCAACAGAAGUUUCACUAUAAAAAUAAAAAAAUCUUUUGGGUUUCGAAGAUGAACGCUCACAAGCAACAUUAAAACCACUAAUCUGAUUUCUCUUUCAGGAGUACUGGAGAAAAGAAAAUUACAGAGUGUUGGUAAGUUCGAAGAGAGAAGAUAAAUAGGUAGCAAUCACUAAAGUGGAUAAAAUUUCAGACAGUUUUUAAGAAUAAAGUCAAUGUAAGCAAAUGCAAAGUAGUUUAUCAGCAUAGCAUCCGUAUUUAUGGUCUAAAAUCUUUGAAAAAAAAGCAAAUUCAAAGUUGGCUUGCAAUUAUGUCUUUCUGGGUUGUAAAGCCACGUAUAUUUAACUGAGAUGUUUAUUGAUUAAACGGAAAUAUCAAGGUUUUUUAUCCUAAAGCUUAAGUAAAAAGUACGUUUAAAGAAAGUCACCAAUUUGUUCCAAAUAAGACUUUUCCAUAACAAAUCGUCAAAUUUACCAAAUUCAGCACUAAACAGGUUUGUAAACAGAAAAAGAAGCAAGUAAAUGGACAGUUAUUUUUAUCCCGGAGCUCCGCUUUUGGGCUUGGCUACAUUUAUUUACAGGAGCAAAUUCUGGUAUAUAUAUACCAGAAUUUGCUCCUGUAAAAUGAUUGGUGGAGUCUCCCAGCACCUUAAUUCAAGCACUAUUCUUAAUAAAUCAGUGAAUACAAGCUGCUCUGGUCUCAGAAGACAAAAACGUUUCUAUUAUGCUUUCCAGAGGGAGACCCAUAUGUGCCAUGCGCUGGUGAAAUAAGUCGCAAGUGUUAUGCAGAAGCUGUGGAUCUUUGGAUGUACAACUAUACUGCCCUUUAUAUCGAGCAUCAGUUUAUCGAGUGUUUUGAGAAAGAAUUAACGGCUUGUGAUUUUCCCAUAGCGCGUCACAUCGCUGCCACAAUGGAGGCUUUCAAGAAGCAAGUGCAGAAAAAACACGGACUCUUCAAAUAGUAAUAAUUAAUGACAAGUGUUAAAUAUGCUAACCACCCUUGCGAUUGCCUGAGUAGUAAAACCUGUAGUUAAUAUACUAUGUAUAUUUGAAAUAAUAAAACUAUUGGAAAACAAAGCCGAACAAUAUAAUCGAUGCGAAAACAGAACAUGAAUUGGGCUGCUUACCUGGUGACUUUUUGGAGCUGUAAAGGAAAAUUCACUUAUUAGCCGCUAGAGGAACGAGGAGAAGAAAAAUCAAGCAAACUGUAAUCAGCCACUUUCGAGUUCAAAACUCUCACUUUCAAAACGAGGCUAAGUGCAUACGCCUUUCUUGUGGAAAUGAGUUUAAUUGCAUGAGAAUAAAACAUAAUUUUCACAUCAAUAGGUUUGCACUUGGCCUCACUUUGGGGUGUUUCGAUAUAGUUUUUCAAAGCCCACACCGAUAUAAUUCAAUCGCUAUAAAAUUUUCACCAAUAUUUGAACUUGUCAAAAGGUAAGUUUUAGAAAAAACUUUAUUACUAUGUCAACAAUAAACAAAAAACUUUGAAAUUGAUAAAAGCCUAAUUUUGUGCGAUCUAGACCAGCUAUUGAAAAUCCAACACUUAAGGACUUAAAGUUUGGUGUUUAGCAAAUAACCUCCGUAAGAAGUAAAAAAUUCUGUAUGUUUGAAUUCGACUAAAAGGAAAAUGUAUUUCGAACCUUAAAUUUUCAAUAGCCGUGAUAAAUUAUUUAAUAAAAUCGUUAAAAAUAACUCAUAUUAUUCUUAAGUAGCGUCAGAACGCUGCUUAAUAUCAUAUUUCGAAGCUAUUAAUUAAAAAGAAAUUUUGGUGUAUUUUCGUUCUUGCGAUCUUAAAAACUAACCCGUUUUCUCACCAACUGUCUGAGUGCAACUUCAUUCAAAAUUUGGACGUUUAGCGGUUUGUUGUAUAUCUCUGAAACGACAGGAACUAAUUUUUUUAAAAAUCUCUUCACAUAAUCUUCAUAAUGUAUAUAAUAAUUUCUAAAACUUUUAUUAAGAUUGGUUCACUGCAACACCUUGAAAUUUCAAGACAAACCUAUCCUACGAAACGGUCAAAAAUCCUCGCUACAACAUUCACUGUUUUGACGUUAUGCUAAUUUUUCCAAAUUAAUGCGGACGAUACAUAUAUCCAUGACUAGCACAUUUCAAUGUGAAUAAAAAAUAUUCUCAAUGUUUUACAUUCAAAAGAUGCGAUAAAUUCAGAUUUUUUUAAAAAAACUACGUUUUCACAAGUUUCAAUCCAUAACCAAUUGUUGGUGAAAAUUUUAGAGCGAUCAGACAAGGGAAAAACCACUUUUAAGACGAUUGAAAAAUAUCGGUAUGGUCUCUGAAAAACUGUAUCGAAACAGCUUAAAAGAGAGGCUUGGGGCAACUCAGAAAUGGCCGGCCAUUGAAUCAAGGGGUCUAUAUCACGAAACGUUCUAUAGUUGGAUCGAUUAAUUAGAUCGCUAAAAGAUGACAAAAGGGGCGGAACUCACACAUCACAAGAGGGCCCGCAGGAUGUUUCUCCCUUUUGCUUUUCUUUUCUUCUUGUGUCUGUGCCGCGAAUGAUUUUUCCUUUACUUCUCCAAAGAACGUGCCCACUAAGUAGUCUUCAUCCUGUAUAGUCACAUGACUUCUAGGAUUAAUAAAAAUGUAUGUAUGUAUGUAUGUUCUAAUACCACAUUAGAUAGCAAAUAAUCCAAUCGUUUCGAUAUAUGUUAUUAUUAAAGAACGUCAAGCGUACACCAAGGGUGAGCCUUGGAUUCUGUUACAGCAGAUUUUAAUCUCUCUUGUUAUCGCAAAUUAGGGUGUGAUUUCAUUCCAAUAAGCACCAUAAUGUUCAUUCCAAUCAGCAUCUUAUUGUUGCGUCAUUCAAUCAUGGAUUUCCCCCUCUCCCCUGACUAUAAAGUAAAUGGAUUUCUUCGCCUGGUAGGAAGUUCCUAACAAGUGAGUAAAUUCAUACAUGAAAGUGAACAAUAUGGUUACUGACUAUUGUGUGCUUUAAUUUGCAGAUAAGUUUUCCAGAUGCAGUCGAGUUUGUUUUUCUCUUGGGAUUGUCAUAGGGAUCUAAGAAAAAAAACUGUUAUAUUCCUAGACUUUCACUCAACUAAACAGGGACUGCCAUUGGUUGAUUCUUGGUCACGUGGCCUUGUCUAAAAUCAAAUGCAUCCCGAUUGCAAUACAUUUAACCUGAGAUCACGCUCAAUUUUAGCGGUUCUCAUACAUUCUCUCAAACGGCUACCGCAAAAGUUUUCGUUUCUCCUUGCCCGCCGGAAUGUAAUUUUCAAAGCAAAAAGAAAAUAGAGCCCGAUCUCAGGUUAUCAUAUAUUAAGCAAUGUACCCCGCUCGGGAUACAUUACAGCACGCGAUCAAAGCAAGGUGGAAAGUGGCGUGACAGAAGGCGGGAAAAACAGUGCCAGUUUUCUUUUUCGUGAAUGAACACAACAACACAAACACGAAGCCUCAAGCUAAAAAGCAACAAUUUUUAAAGUUAUUCCAGAGGAGAAACACCAGCUAGUGGAGGAAAAAGAUGCAAAUAAUAUAAGGAAAGUACUUUGUAAAUCUUUUCAUCCAGUGGUUUUGAGAAUUAAAUUUGUGUUGUUAUAAGUACCGAGUCGACUGUAUUGGUUCACUUUGGUUAUUCUUUUGUUGAUGUUGAAGUGAAAGUCGAGAAAAAUAACAAACACUUAAUGUCAGGUCCCUCGGGAAACCAGUAGUUUUGUUUUCCCUCGAGUCCUGAUGUUUCCCGAGACGAAGUCGAGGGAAACAUCAGGACUCGAGGGAAAACAAAACCAACUGUUUCCCUCGGAAUCCGACAUCAAAUGUAUAAUAUAACCUCCAGUUAGGUCUGUAGUCGUGGUGACGAAAUGAGACGUUCAAAUUACGUCAUAAUUUCGGUGCUGUCCUUCUUUAUUUCUCACGUCUAUUGUUGUUAUUCCACAGCAUGACCAAGUUACCUUUUUAUAUCAUUGGUGAACAAUAAAAUAGAUAAUUUUGCGCAGAAUUUACAUGAAAAAAGAAUUAAGUUCCCGGUGGAGGGAGAAGCUUCUGCUUUUGUCCACCAGUAAGGCCGCCAUAACAUCAGCUGAAAAUCAGGAAAGCGAAAGGAGGGUGAUAAAACCUUCUUAUAUUGUCAUUUUGAUAUUAUUUAGGGUCUGUAAGCCUCGUUACGGAGUGGGCUGGAGCUUUGAUAUCAGUUCACUUUACACAUCAGAGGUUCGCCAGAAAACAGUGAGAUCCUAAUUGAAUCAAUAGCGGCGUAGCCAAGGCACCCUCUUUGCUGAAGCUGCGUCAGUUUUUUUUUUUCUGAAAAUAUAAUUUUCUAGCGGUCACAAUAACGAAAGAACACACGACCUACCAUCUGUUUAGCUAUUAGUUAUGAGUCACACGUGUUUACUUCUUUUUAACCCGAACUUGCUCACUUCGAAAUAUAAAAAUGUUGCGUUUGUCAUAGUCUCAAGGUUUAGUACUUCGCCUCGAAUUGUUAAACUUGAUUAUACACGACUGAGUUUUUUGAAGGGCUUUAAAAUCUCUGAUAUAAAUAAACUCAUUCUUGCACUAAUAUUUAGAUUUGGGGUUAAUUUGGUCUUAAAAGUUUAGCCGUGUCUUUAUCAGAUAUAAAGACACCCAUAAUAAAUAAACAUAUGUUUCUUCCUUUUUUUCUUUAUAAAAUAUUAAUGAGUUUUUCAAUUCUACUUACCUCUUCCCACUGUGCCCAUUACAUCUAACUUCCAAAAAGAAAUUAGUUUGCUGUGGCAAAUGCAAACUACGAUUGCGUCAAAGCAAAAGAAGAUAUAAAAGGAACUUUUAGGCAAUUUUUUAUAAUUACUUGCUAAGAGCAGACAUAUGACGCAUAGUUCGUUUGGACAGCUGACUAUUUGUUUAAUUCAGUUUUGGCCAAACAAUUAUGAGAUUUCUUACAUUCGGCAUCUACUUUUAUCGUCAAAUACAUCAAAGAAAGCUCAUGAUUUAAGGGCUUGAGUUGCAUCAAACCUGUCAGGAAUGCCAAGCGUAACGACAGGCUUAUCAAUGUUCUUAUUUAUUACAUUGAUGAUGAUUUUAGCGCAAACUAUACCACGCAUGCUCAGUGUAAACUAUUUCCUUUACUUUUUUUGUCUCUAAAUCGAAGUGUUGAUAAGCGCGAAAAAUAGCUGUAUUGAUGAAGAAAUAAAAUAAAUUAUAGAAACCAAAUCAGGAUAGAGAAACAAAAGGUGACAUAAAACGUGACUUGGAGAACAGGUUUCUAUUUAUAUUCUAUUAUAAAUAUUUAUUUUCAGAGGUAAAAACUUUGCGCCCACGUAAAGCUACAGGGUGUAAUUGUUUUAUUCUCCGUCAGUGAAAAAAAAUUUCAUUCGUCAAGGUGAGUCUGACUUUACACUUCCUCUAAAGAGAGAGACGUUGAUGCCGAGUAAUUUCUCGCGAUAACUGGCAAUACGCGAACGCGUCGUCAGAUAUUUGUUAGAUCAGAGAAUGAUGACAGAAUUUGUUAUUUGAAAGGUAAGGGAAUUAUCUGCCUAAUAUUUCACUUGUUGCAAUGUCAAGACCAUCAAAUGACAAAUAACACAAUAUCUACUACCUUCCCAGUUAAUGUUUCGGUUUGCUGACCUUCAGGUACUGAGUUACUGUCACUGAAAUCAGGCAAUUUGAUCAACGAAACAGAUAAACCAAACAUUUGUAGGUAUCUAUCUCUACAACUCCCUGAUACUCAUAAAAAAGGAUCAGAAAGGCAGAUAGCUCGCUCUAAACUAGCUUGAUUCUGAUCGUUAAUGCUAGCAUAUCACACUACUUAUCUCACAACAUAAUAAGCACGUCUGAAAUGCAUUUAUUUUUUGCCGGGCCAACUGUAUGAUUUUGAAAACUAAAAUCAACUUUUAACAACUACAAAGCUAUUGAGGAGCCAAGUUUCUCAAUAUAUAUCUCAAAUUCAAUAACAAAAACAUAAAAUCGCAUAUGGAGUCUACUAUAACAACAACACCUACUGUGACCACGAAUAAACAGCACACCACCCAAAUGGCACUUCAGUGCCAUUUUGUUUUCCCCUGUCAAUAUUAUCCUUAUUAGUCUAUUAGCUUGUCGCCAUUUUUUUUUUCACACCUAUGGGAUUGAUUUUGUCCACUUUUUGAUAGCAAUUUUUCAAGAAAAUCUCUAUUUUUAUCCCAUUCGGUCUUUUGUUUGUUUUCUGUUUAUUUUAUUGAAUAGUCAUUGUAAAGCGCCUUUAGACAAAUCCCCUAGUGUAUUUUUGUAAACACGAUAACCUUUCGUGCUGUUAAACUGUGCCACAAAACGAGCGUUGACUAGAAGUGGGGUUUGUAUUAUUGCUCUUUUUUGAUUAACUAAUUUUUGGCAAUAAAUUAAAAUCCCACUUUUGAAAGCCUCCCCACUGAGAACAUGUAGGCUUAAAAAUAAGAAUUGAGCAUUGAAGUUCAAUUAGGUUCUUAUCUUUAAGAAUACAACGAUGAAUAUAAAUUAACUGUUCUAACCAAAUCUAAAAUAUAUGUAAAUUAUGGGAUCCAGAGGAAGUUGUUGAAUAAUUCUUUUAAGAAUACUACGUCCUCUUGAUUGAUAUAAUAAGAGGUGUCUUAUCACCCAAUUUGACCAGCAUGAAGCUGCUAAACCCCGCCCCCUCCCCAUUUUACGCCCCCUCCUUUUAUUUAUUUAUUAUUAUUAUUAUUAUUUUAAUAUAUAUUUUUUCUUUUAUCAGGGUAUAAAAUGAAAUCCGUGGAAUACAUUUGUCUCAACGUGGCAUUUUUUAUCAUGGUUUUAAUGGACCUUGCUGGCAACACCCUGGUGAUUCUAGUGAUUCGUUUAAACAAGUCCAUGAGAACGCCUAUGAACAUGCUUUUGCUUAACUUGGCUGUUGCUGAUAUGGUAGUAGCAGUGUUUGUCGCAAUACAGUUCGUCAUUGGGCCAACAUUCGAACACCCGUCUGGGACAACAGGAUUGUGGCUUUGCAAGUUUAUAACUGGAGGAACAAUGACAUGGUCAGCGGCUGCAGUAUCCGUGGGUAACCUGGUUGCAAUUUCCAUUGAAAGGUGAAUUGUUUAUGUUUCCAUCUAAAUAUAAGUUACCAAAACACGCAGGUAACGCAGCCUUCUCGUGAGCAGUUUUAAAGUUAUAAAGGGCAGCUUCCGAAUAUUCCUCAGUCCCGGGAAGCCAAAAUAUCAUGUUCAAAAAAGGGUUAAAUCUAAAGAAAAGGAGCUUCUUAGGAAAAGCACCAUUCAUUCAACAGUCCCAAUUUUUCACUCCAAAGGUGGGACCAGAAAAUUUUUGCCAGGUAAAAUAUUUAAAUCAUUGUGCAGUUGUUCUAUUGUCUCUUAUCGGCGGCUUUAUUAUUGUACAUAGUUUUAUUGCGUAAUUUAGGCUUUAUAUUGUAAAUAGCUUUGCGGUUUCCCUUUUACUUAUCUUUAAUUUUAUUUGUGUAUUUAUUUAUUUAUUUUUAUCACGGCUCAUUUGCAUAUUAUUUUUAUUUUAGAGAUCUAACCAACCUCAUCAAUUCCGCGGUUAUAUUAAGUGUGAUAUAUUCAUUUUAUUUAUGUUACAAGGUGUUUGCUUUGGCAGAUUAAAUAGAAAAUAUGAACUUGACAUAAUUUGUUCGAACUUCAUAUCGUAUCGAUGACAGUAACAACCCGCGACUCAGGACGGGCAGUUAGGUAUCCUCUGUUUAAGAACCUGUUUAGUCUACAAUUCUCUACACUUAAGCAAAUAAGAGUCAACGCUAACGCUAUUGUUAAGGUGUGCAGGAUUUCCCUAAGGGAUGAGCUGAAUACCACUAAAUACUUUUAGCUUCAAUGUAGUUAUUUUCUUCAGAAAACGAGAACUUAAAUGGCCUAAAUUUGUGUUAAUUACCACGCACAUAAGAACCUGUUUAGGCUAACUUUGGAAAAUACAGGUUCUAAGUCGCGGGUUUUUACUGUAUGCCCUUAUUUUCCUUUUUCUUUUUGCUCUUUUGUUAAAGAUAUCACGCAGUGGUACAGCCGCUGGCUAGUCGUUCAACACUCACGAAAACCAAGUUGAAGCUCAUUAUCUUUGGUUGCUGGUUAUUCGGUUUCGUUUGGAAUGUUCCUCUUUUUGCUGUCAUGACUUACAGAGCGGAUCUAGAGACAUGCGGCGAGCAGUGGCCUGGUCAGAUCUUUCCAAUAGUUUACAGUUUUGGGUGGAGUGUAGUGGCAGGAAUCGUACCCAUCAGUUUAAUGAGCUAUCUGUACUCAAGAGUGGUUUACAAGCUGUGGUUUGAGGUGACCCCAGCUGUACCGUCCACAUCAGCGGUGAGUUUUAUUAAUAACAACCUGCUCUGGCCUGGCCUCAGCUUGGCUGGCGCGUAAUUCGUUAGAGCGCGAUGAAACUACCACCAGCUAAAAAGGCUAUCUCUGCACAUAGUUAUUAAAGUGGAAUGGUUAUGAAACUCGUUUGGCGCUUUUGUUAUAUGUUUUUGGUUGGCUUUUUUGGACCUGACCGUGCACAAUGUUCUAUAUAUAGCAUUCCUAUCAUUUUGAAUUUACUGACUAGUAGAAACAUCGCAUUAAUUUAUUCACUCACAAUUUGAGAACAAAAGACAAAGGAUUUUCCACAGUCAGGGAGCUUCCAACAUGAAUUACAGCACCGUUGUUUUCAACAUGGAUGUUUGCCGGCUUUCCUAGCCAGUCCCUCUACUAUGCUCUGCCUAAAGAUAUCUGAAAGACAUGUCUUCACUUACAACAAGACAACCGACCCGUAGCACUUAGUCUGACCUCAGUAAGUUAUUAACCAACAUUUAGACAGUGCGGCAGUUCAUAAAAUUCCUUGGGAAUGCGGCAAGGCAUAAAUGUACAAAACGGGAAGAUUAUCCUCUAAAAGGGGAAAUAUGACUUUCUCGAAACCAGACCUCGGCCUUUUCUGAACAUGCAAAUCAGAUCGGGCGCUUCCACUUUAAGGAGGUGAUCAACAUUGUUACUCUCGUAAAGUUAAAGAGCCAUCAUCCUAAGACUUUUCUUAAAAUAACAAUGUAAACAAGGAACAAAGUAUAACACCAUCAGUAAACAAUGGGCAACCGAUCGAAGAGCAGACUUGACUUAAAGUUUUCUUGCGUAUUCUCAAAAACUAGUGAGACACCCUAGAAAGGCUCAUUUUACCUUUUUUCACCAGAAAGGUUAGCACUGCUAUCUUUAUUGAAGGAAGUUAAGCCCUCUCCCGGUCACAAAAUGAUAAAACUUCUAACAUUUGAUAACUUGUUUCCGACACUACGACAUUCUCGCUAAAACUCAUAGUAGAAUGACGACGGCUAUCACGUUUUCCCGCCAAAAUGACGCUGGGUCAUGCGCGAGCACUACUUAGUACUGAGGAAAUCUCGUACUCAUAGACCUCCUCGUUUGUUUUCAAAUGAGGUAACUUCGGACAACAAAAGAAUCCACACCCCUCCCCCUCCCCUCCUGUUGUCUUCUACAGGUAGCUCUAUCAGCGGCACAACAUUGCAUGGAAGGGGUAGGGGAAGAAAAAGCUUUAUUAUAUUUGACCUUUUUAAGUUAGCAAAGGUUAGAGAAGCCCUUUAAGGUGGCGUAUCCCUACCAAAUUUGUGGCCGAUUGUAGCAUGACAUCGGUAAAAAAAAACAACUUACUACUCUAAAUCUCUCUUUUCAGAAGAAGGCCUCACUGUCCAAAAAGAAAGCUACUAUAGCGGUGAUAACAGUCAGUUUAAUCUAUGCCAUUUGUUGGGUGCCAGUUCUUGUGAUGUACUGCUUGGCACAAUCAUUACCAAACAUGAUGGUACUCAGCCACCAACAUAAAGUCACCAUACUUCUGGCCAUGUUCAACUCCAGCAUUAAUCCAGUUGUUUAUAGUUUUACCAGUGCGCGCUUUAGAAAACACCUUGGAAAACUGCUGAGAUGCAAAUGCUAUUCGAACAACUCGGAGAAGCAGUUGAAACCUUUGGCGCAGAGGUCGCAGCCAACUGCAUCUGACGGCAUGUGA